AUGGACGCGCUGCCGGAGCCGCUGGCGCUCACGGCGCUGCCGCCGCUGUCCCCCACCAUGGAGCGCGCGUUCACCGAGGCCUUCGCGGACAUGACGGAGCUCGAGAAGAGCCAGGACGCGGCCGUGAUCAAGCUCGAGACGCCGUCGUCCUCGACGCACGCGUGGCCCUGCAGCAGCGACGACGACGCCGUCAGCACCAAGCCGCGCGCGGCGUCCUCGCCCUCGCCAGCCCCCGCGCCGGCCUCGCAGCAGCUCAAGACCAUGAGCCCGAGCGAGAACAAGAGCAAGAGCAAGAGCAUGAGCAAGAAGCAGACGGCCGAGGACAAGCGCGCGCGCCGCUCCGCCAUCGAGAAGAAGUCGCGCCAGCGGCGGCAGAACGUGCUGCGCCGCAUGCGCGAGGAGGUCAAGCAGCUCGAGGGCGUGUACGCCGCCAUGGCGCAGCGCAAGGACGCGCCGCCCGUGGCCUGGGACGGCUUCGGAGCCGUGGACGAGCUGCAGCAGAAGUACUCGGAGCUGUCGCUGGUCGCGCACGCGCUGGAGGAGGACCAGGAGGCGCUGCAGGCGCUGCUCAGGCAGCACGAGGAGUUCCAGAGGACGGACUUGGCCGAGAAGAAGAAGCACGAGGUCUGGGACACGGGCGUGCCGCCCAGCGCGUCCUUCCGCGCCGAGUUCAAGAGGAUGAGCGUGGCCGAGUGCUACGCGCUCGUGCGCGAGUCGUACGAGCAGAUUCAGCGCUUCAACGAGAGCGAGAACUUUGAGACCACGGGCGCCAACUUCAUGGGCUGGACGGACAAGCGCAAGUACGACUCGCGGACGGGCGCGCUGCAGUACGGCUUCACCAAGAAGUUCCCCAUGGAGAGCGCCGAGGGGCUGCUCAUGAAGACGUGGGAGAUCUUCUCAGACGGGCACAAAUUCAGGGAAAUGUCCUUCGACGAGUCCAUUGACACGCGGUACGAGGUGCUGCAGGAGCUGAACGACGACCUGCUCAUCGUCCGGAGAGACCACAGGAUCCCCACCGUCGAGACGACGUUCGCCUCCAUUCAGGUCAUGUUCCGCCUGCAGACCCCGUCGGGCUACACAUUAUGCAUGCGAACCAUCCCCGCACCGGAGAUUCACGCCGCCAUGUCCCCCCACGAAUACUUUUACGAGCUCUUCCACUGGACGCACUUUAACCGAGUGUAUGACGACCACGGCGAGCCCGCAGGCUGCGAGCUCGUAGCCGCCGGGUCGAUCGAAGACCAGAACCAGCUCAAGUCGUCGUACUGGCUGUUCGAGCUCGUGUGCUCCGUGCUGCGCUGGGAGAACGCGUGCGUCGGGCCGCUGUUCCUCAAGCAGAUAUAA